AUGUUCGGCGGCGGCGGGCCUCCCGGCAACGGCGGCAGCGGCAGCGGCAACGGCAACCCUGGAAUGGCUGCCCGCGGAAGAGGGGAGGUUUGGAAGAAGAAAUCAGGCCAGGCACCUGGGAGGGGACAAUGGCCACCAUCAGUCUCCUCCUCAAAUGCUUCACAUACUACAGCAUGGCAAGCUUGCAAUGGCAGUGGAGGAUCUUCACUUCCUUUGAGGAACUAUGGAACUCAACCUUCUGAUCGUAGGCCUGCUGCCGGAGACAAUCGGGGGCCAUCAUCACAAACAUAUCUGAGAGAAAAUCCAGUUGUGUGGCCAGCUCUGGCAAAUGGUUCGCAGUUGUCAUCCAGGUCUCAUCCAUAUGGCCCUGAAAGUAAUAAGGACGAUGUUCCUUCAUCUAGUUUUGACCCUGAGGACAGUUCUGAAGUUGAGGAUUUGUCAGAUGAUGACAUUGAUGAUGAUAUGAGCGAGGAGACUGAUUCUGAUGAAAGUGAAAAAAGUUUCGAGACUCGAAAAAAGAAUAAAUGGUUCAAGAAAUUCUUUGAACUCAUUGAUACUUUAAAUGAGGAGCAAAUACAUGAUCAGACUAGGCCAUGGCAUUGUCCGGCAUGCCAAAAUGGACCUGGGGCAAUUGAUUGGUUCAAUGGGCUACAAUCUUUAGUGAGACAUGCUAGAACGAAGGGCUCUAGAAGGGUUAAGCUCCACAGAGAAUUUGCCACAUUGCUAGAACAGGAGUUAGGAACUACGCUGCUACCACCUGGUGAGCAAUUUGGGAAAUGGGAAGGAUUGCGAGGAAGCACUGAUCGCGAGAUUGUAUGGCCACCAAUGGUUAUUGUCAUGAACACUUUACUGGAACAAGAUAAUGAUGACAAGUGGUUAGGCAUGGGCAAUGAAGAGCUUCUAGAAUAUUUCCAUGAAUACGAUGCAAUCAAAGCACGACAUGCCUAUGGUCCAGGUGGGCACCGUGGCAUGAGUGUGUUAAUAUUUGAAAGCUCUGCCGUGGGUUAUAUGGAGGCUGAACGUCUGCAUAAGCACUUCGUCGGUGAAAGAACAGACAGGGAAGCAUGGCAAGCUCCGUCUGAGCGUCGGUUCUUACCUGGUGGAAAAAGACUCUUAUAUGGUUUCUUAGCCAACAAAGAAGAUAUGGAGAUUUUCAAUAAGCACCACCCAGGAAAAAGUUGCCUGAAAUACGAUAUGAGAUCUUAUAAUGAAAUGGUAGUGGUAGGUAUGAAACAAAUGAGUCUAGACAAUCAGCGACUGAAUCAUAUGAAGAACAGGGUAGUGAAGACAGAGAAGCACUCUAAAGCUGUAGAAGAAUCGCUUGGUGUCGUCACUCAGAAAUGUCGAGAGACUAGUGAAGAGAAUAAGGUGCUCAUGCGUCGGAUUAAAGAGAAGCACUUGGAGCAUGAGGAAGAGAUGACGUCCCAGGAGAAGUUUUUCAAUGACCAGAUAGAAAACCUUUACAAGGCCAUGGAGGAGAAAGAAAGUGAAUAUGAGGAGAGACUGCAGGAGGAGCGUGCAAAGGCUAGACAGUAUGAUGUGGAUUCGGGGACUACCGAAAAUCGCAGGCUUAGGAAGGAGGAAGUGCAGCGUUUCAUAGAUUGCCAGGCUAAGGGCGUGGAGGAGUUUAUGUCCAAAAGGGACGAACUGUUAAAGGCACACGAGAAGAGGAAGGUGCAGCUCAAGAGAGAGUAUAUGGAGAAGGAGGUGGAGCUCGAGAAGGAGCUCGAUGCCGCUCUCACGGUUCUGAUGGAGAAGCACGAGCCAGACACCUUCAAGGCUUCUAGCUCCAGCUUGUGAAGAUCGCCAUACAAUUUCAGCUCAGAGCAUUUUAGGCCCGACUAGGAGACCUGGACCUAUGUGGGUGUCUUGUGGCCAAUAUCAUGAAACUUAAACAUGCAGGAAUGUCAAGGUCUGUAGCGUGUGCUACCAACAUGUAAUGACCGCGUCGAAACCUUAAAUUUGUUGGGAUUAUGUUGUUACUUGCUCCGUCGAAA